GGUGCGUGACUGGCUGACCAAGACAACAAAAAUUCUUGAUAUCAUUCGUCAAGAGAAACAAAACCUUAAAGCGAAACACCUUCGAAAAACCUUUUUAGUGUGAUUUAUCACUUGACUUCAACUUGAACAAUGGACUACUACUUCAAACUUAUCUCUGUAGUUUUUAUCGUAAUUUUGGCUAUCCAAUCGCAGGCUUUUCCCAUUGAAGAGACUUCGCUAGGAAGUAUUAAUGGAACAUCCGUCAUCGCAAUAACACAUGGCAACUCGGAGCGCCUCAAAGAAUUGAUUCCAUCAAAAAACACAGAGAAUGAUGAUUUCAAUCUGUUCGGAGGCAUGGCUCUCGGAGUUCGAAAGUUCGGAAUGGAGGAUAAAGAGCGCUGAUAGUUGCUCUGAAUUGAAACAAUUUGUAAAUUUUUUCGAAAUGUGUGAUCUUUGUAAUUUUAUUGAAUUUUUAAUUUGGAUUUUGUCUUUUUUGCGUCUCCCUACGUCUUUUUCCCCGUACACACUUUUGUCUCAACCAAAUAAUAAUUUUCCAUUC